GGGGGCAGGGCUCCGGAGGGUGGGGAUGGGCCCGGAUGGGGCGGCUCCAGCGCUGUUGGGGGACAGAGCCGCCCUUGGCCCCGUCUCCAGACCCGAUGGAGGAGGAGGAAGACGAGAUGGAGGAGCAGGAGGGGAGCUCUCAGUCUGAGGGACUCGGACUGGUGAUCUCCAUGGAUGGGGAUUCAUCACAGUCCCCUUCUCCACCAAAGUGGGACUCUCCCGUUCCUCUGGCCGGGCAGCCCGAGCUGCAGCAGGAGGAAGAGGAACCAGAGGACGAGGAGGAAGACCAGGAGUUCCAGGUGCAGACGUUGAGGAUCCCAGCAGAUGGGGAUUCACUGGACUCUGCCGCUUUCCCAGAGGAGCUGUCGGAGGAGGAGGGAGAUGAGGAGGAAGAGGAGCUGGUAAUCAGAAGGGUGAAGGCAGAGGAGGAAGAGGACCAAGAGUUUGAGCUGGAGUCGGAGGCACGCCAGGGCUCGCUGCCCACGGAGGAGCCAGUGGUGGAUUCGGAAGUGCGGGUGGAGACCAAACUCGAGGGGCAGAAGCUGAGGAUCCCAGUGGAGGGGAAUUCGCCCGUCCUGCAACUGAUGGCGUCCCCGGGGGGUGGGGGCAGAGCAAGGGCACCGAUGCCGGAGCGCUCCAACACCUGCGUGGAGUGCGGCAAGAGCUUCAGCCGUCGCUCCAAUCUGGUGAAGCACCAGAUCAUCCAUACCGGCGAGAAGCCCUUCUCGUGUGGGGAGUGUGGACGCAGCUUCACCCAGAGCUCUGCCCUUACCAAGCACCAGCGCACCCACACCGGGGAGCGCCCCUAUGUCUGCGGGGAGUGCGGCAAGGCCUUCACCGCCAGCUCCAACCUGCUGCAGCACCAGCGUUUCCACACAGGGGAGCGCCCCUAUGUCUGCGGCGAGUGCGGCAAGGCUUUCAGCCAGAGCUCCAAUUACAAUCUGCACCGGCGCACACACACCGGCGUCACCCCCUACCAGUGCGGUGUCUGCGGCAAGCGCUUCACGGGCAGCUCCUGCCUGGCGCGCCACCGGCGCACCCACACCGGCGAAAAGCCCUACCAGUGCUCCGAGUGCGGCAAGCGCUUUUCUGGCAGCUCCACCCUGGUCAACCACCGGCGCACCCACACCGGCGAAAAGCCCUAUGGCUGUGCGGAGUGUGGCAAGGCCUUCACCCACCAUUCCAACUUGGUGGACCACUGGCGUGUCCACACCGGCGAGAAGCCCUACGUCUGCGCUGAGUGCGGCAAGAGCUUCCGGCUCAGCUCCCACAUCAUCCGGCACCGGCGCACCCAUGCCAAUGCCGGCGCUGCCAAUGCCAAUGGGGCUGACCGCCUGCGCCCCAACGCCUGCGCCGUGUGCGGCAAGACCUUCAGCAACAGCUCCAACCUGAAGAAGCACCAGACCACCCACACCGGGGAGAAGCCCCACGGAUGCCCCCAGUGUGGCAAGCGCUUCAGCCACAGCUCCAACCUGCGAAAGCACGAGCGCACCCACACCGGCGAGCGCCCCUUCCGCUGCCCCGAGUGCGGCAAGAGCUUCCGCGAGAGCUCCAAGCUGCUCCGCCACCAGAACACCCACGGCCGCGAGCGCCCCUUCCGCUGCGCCGAGUGUGGCAAGGCCUUCGGCGACGUGGCCCGGUGUCUGCGGCACCAGGCCCGGCACACGGCGCGGGCCUACGCCUGCGGGGAGUGUGGCAAGAGCUUCCGCCAGAGCUCCACCCUGCUGCUGCACCAGCGCGUCCACACCGGAGAGAAGCCCUUCACCUGCCCCGACUGCGGCAAGAGCUUCAGCGUCAACGCCAACCUGGCGCAGCACCGGCGCACCCACACCGGCGAACGCCCCUUCCCCUGCGCCCAGUGUGGGAAGCGCUUCACCCAGAAAGCCACCCUGGUCAAGCAUCAGCGCACCCACCGGCGCGGCGAGGGGGCUGGUGACGCUGCAGGGCCCAGGCUGGUGCAGCACCGGCGGUUCCUCCCGGAGCAGGGCCCUUCACCUGGCCAGAUGUGGGCAAUGCUGCGGCUGCAGCUGGGCGCCCGCUCGCCUGCCCCGGGGCCACAGUGGAGGACUGGGGACGUGCCUAUGGGCUGAGAAAGGAGGGGGAUGUUGGCAUGGGGCGGGAACAUAGGCUCCUAUGGAGAGACCCCUUAGCCUGCCAGGAGAGAGCAUUACAGGACUUCAGGGGGGCCACCGUCCCUGAGAGAAAUGUCAAGGCCUCUGGGGGAGGCUGUGUGUGGGAGAGCGACAGUGAUCUUUGCCAGGGAGACGCUCGCCUGAGAGAUACCGGGGAGAGGCUGCAGGCUCCGUUUCUCUUUUAUUGGUAUUAUUUGUACUAUGGUGGCACUUAGAGACUCAAGGCUGGAGGACGGGCUGCCUCAGGGGGCAGGGAAUGGGACAUGGGGCCUUUCCCCUCUAGGGGGCACCAGCUUUGAGCUAGCCACAGGAUGGAGGGACUGGCUGGCUCAGAGGUUGGAGAAUGGGACAUGGGGCCUGUCCCCCCGGUCACUUCAAAUGUCCUUGGUUUUCUUCACAAAUGUUAAAGAGACCUUCCAUGCCCGCCUAGCCCCCCAGAGACCAGUUCCUUAAUCGCCUUUAUGGAUGGACAGACGGACACUUCCAUGCAGGAGGGGAGAGUCUAUUUCCUUCUCCCCAGUGGCGCCUCUAGCACCCGGCUCCUCUCUUCGCAACGCAUGGAGCUCGCUGGUAGCCGGGGACGUCCCAUCCUGGCUCCCAAGCAGCCGGAGAAGCUCCCUAGGGUCUCGCCUCCAUCUUGGCUCUCUGCUUUCUCAGUGGGUGAUCAGGGUCUGUUGUCUGGAUGCAAUAAAGAAACUGCCCCAA